AUGCUCACUGCCAGGACAGCCACGCUGCUCGUUGGGCUCCUCACCCUCUCGCCAUGCUCCCAUGCAGCCCCUUACUCUCCAACCGAGUGCUGCUUCGACUACGUCAAGGGCGUUCUCCGGCUGGAAAUCCUCGUGGGCUUCUACUCAACUUCCAAGGAAUGCUUUCUCCCAGCAAUUGUGUUUGACACCAAGAAAAAAGCCAAGGUCUGUGCAAACCCAGAGGAGAAAUGGGUGAAGAGAGCAAUUAGAGUGCUUCUAAAGAAGAAAGGACUUCAUACCCCGUGAUGUGGAGUGGGUGCCCUGGUUCAGGAUACCCAACAUCCUGGUGGGACUGAAGGUUUGUGGUCGCCUUCUCAGAAGGAGUUCAGGAUGUUCAGCUCCUGGGGGAGCACAUUGAGUCCCCAGAGCCCUGAGCUGCAUCCACAGCUGGGCACCAGCUCCUGGAGUGCUGCUGGUCCAGCCUGCACCUGCCUGCUGAUCACAGCCACAAAAUAAAGGUUACUUUGUAU